AUGUACCGGAAUAAAUACCAGCCGAACAUCUUGUCCCUCCUGCUGAGCGCGGGCUCCAAACCACUGGACCUAUGGAAGACAAGGACGAAGAAGGGGUGUGUCCGGAAAGUUUUGGACGACACCAUCAAGCUAAGUGCCAUUGAAAUAAUGUCAGAAAAUACGUCCGACUCGUAUAUCUACACGGCCCCGGAAAAGUUUUCCUCCCUGGGUAUUAGCCUGCCCUUUAUCGUCCUCAUCGUGAAAAAUAUGAACAAAUACUUUUCCUUCCGCAUAAGCAUAAUGGACGACAAGAAAUGCAGGAGGACUUUUCGCAUUUCCAAUUUUCAGACCGUGACGAGACUGUCGAACAAGUGGUGCACCAUGCCGAUGAUCCUGAACGAAGGCUGGAACAUAAUUCAAAUAAACCUCCAGGAGUACACAGAAAAAGCUUUUCGAACAAAGUAUAAGGAGACCAUCGAAGUACAGAUAAAUGCCAGCAUACGAAUCAGGUGCAUCUACUUUUGUGACAAACUUUACAACAAUGAAGACCUGAAGGACGAAUACAAAAUAUUCUGCAAAAAAAAAGAGAAGGUGAAAUACAUUCCCCCGCAAUGCUUAAACAAGCCUUUAAAAAAAAUGACAAUCAAAAGCGUCGUCACCGGGGGAGGGAAAAACUCACCCACUGACGCCCAGCAGAACGAAACAACGGAAGAUGCUUCCACCAACGAGAAUUCAAAACAAGCAGAUGUAGAACCCACUAGUGAGAAGAACCCCCAAGGUGCAGACAUGACUGAGGGGAUUGAAUUAUACGAGGAGAGUACUGACGACCCCUUUUUUGGUGACAAAAUUGACGGGGAGGGCACCUCUCUGGCGCAGGUCAUCGGGGGGGAAGCACCCACCGAAGCGGUAAACGAGACGGCAGACAACGCAACAAACGAGACGGUAGACGAUGCAACAGACAACGCAACGAACGACGCAGUAAAUGACCCGCACGUGGAUGGGGACGACGCCGAAGAGGCCGAACUGCUGGCCCACAUCAAGACGCUCGAAAUGGACGACGCCAACGUGCUCUACGAGGACGUCAACUACGAGACGUACAACAAUGACGACAACUGA